CUUGCUAUAGUUCAAAGAAAAAUAUGUCAAAUGUUCUAAGAAAAGUAAAAUAAAGGAAAACCCUAUAUUCAAACAAAGUAAACAAAUAUUAUUUCCUAAGAUGGCUCCUAAGGAAAAGAAGAAAACGAAAAGACCUAAUGAUGUUGAAAAAUCUUUGGAACCGGAACUAGUGUAUGAAGAUAUAGUGGAUGAGACUGAUGUCCUUGAACUAAACUUGUAUUCUGAUAUCAAUGAUGAUUUUUUUAAUGAAGCUAAUCGGGUUGUUCAAUUUUUAAUGGAAGCUAAACGACACUUUGAGGCGUCACGAAUUAAAAGGUACAGUGAUAUUAUAUUUAACUUACAUAGACGAUAUGUGGAUGAAGUUAAUGAUAAUGAAGUACUUCGACCACAAAUAUUAUCGUCAGAGAAUAAGUUGCGAUUUGCGCUUGAAUUGACGGCAGCCUCCGAUGAAGCAAUGCAAAAGCUUAAGGAUACCUUGGGCGAUGCAUGGAAAGAGUCCGACGCUUCAGCUUUACGGGAACAAUUAGUCCAAGAAAAGUUACAAGAAGUUCUUAUUAAAUGUGAAGGAUUGGCCGACCGAAAUAGUGGUACUACUGAUGACGCUGCAGAGUAA